AUAUUAUGUGCUGAUUAGUUGCUGAAGCUGUAACCGCCAAAGACAUGAACUUUCAGCAGCUCAUUUUGCUCGGGUUCCUCGCCACCUACUCCCUCACCCCCAACAGCUCCAUCUUCAAGCUUUCCUGGAACGAUGUGCGGACACUUACCGCUGCCUACACGCCUAGAGUUAUUUCCCACCCCCAGUUUUCUAUCCUCUGUCAUGCCUUGCUCUCCCUCCUGCCUCUCCGGUUCUUUGCCACCGCCUUCCUCCUCGCCUACACCUUUGACACAUACAUGCUCCGCCACCUCAUCCUCCGCAAGGUGUGGCUUCUCACGGCAGAAUUUUCAGAAAUUGUAGCGGCGCUGGAGCUGAUAGAUCCCAGUUUACCACCGCUCCUGGCUGAAACAUACAACUACCAAAAGUACAUUGUGGUGUACGAUAUUGACAAGCACGACAAGGCCAAGGCCGAAGGAAACCAGGUCUACUAUGUCGACUUUCCCCGCGUGUUUUGUGUACGUCGGAUGGCCGAACAGGCGCUUUUAAAUGUAUCUGUGAAGGACGAAUGUACCAAAAGGCUUCACGAAGCGACCGCAAAGGCGCCAUGGCACCUGAAAGACAGCUCUACCCAGGAGGCAAAGCCCAAUCUGGAGCCGGCGGAGCUUUGUGCCAUCUGCUUCGACGAUUUGGUCCCGGAAGACCACAUUAUACAGCUCAACUUGUGCUGCCGCAAGAUUUUUCACGCCAACUGCUUCUGUUAUUGGCUCGGGAUUCUAGAGAUGCCGGUGGAGCCGGAGCCGGAGCCAGAGCCGGAGGUACAGGAGGGUACUAGGACCCCUCCUCCGCAGAGGGGCAUCCGCGACUUCUGGAACCGCCUAAGGCAGAGCAUCACGAGGCUCAACGAUGAUUUGCCGCGAAUGGUGGACGAUUAUCUCAAUGUGAAUCCGAACGAACGCCCGAGGGAGAAUGAACGUCCGGGGAUCUGGGAAAACCUCCGCCGCCAGCCCCGGCGCAACUUACAGCGAGAGUUGGUGACCCAGCAGCGGAAAAUUGAAGUCCGCCAGCACACCAUUCUGUACUUGGUGAAGAAAUGUCCGCUCUGCGCUCAUCUGUAUCUUCUUGAUGCUAACCAGUUUUACAAUCACCAAUACGCAUUUUACAACAAGGCUGCGUCGCCCUGGAAGGAGUUUCUGGCGCAGUGGCAGGGCCAGGGCAAGAACAUGGAGUGGGGCGGGAAGCACUCGAUGUGUUUUCUUUUUGCUCAUGAUUUUAUCAAUCAGUACUUGAUGAAUGUCAGUCGAGACUGGGCACCGGGCCAGACCUGGAUGUGGCUGGUACCUGACUGGGUCGCGUGGAAUGUGGUGGUGGUGUGUAUCUGUGGGUGGAUCAUGCUUGUGGGGGUGGGGUUGUACAGGGGGAGUAUCUAGUUGCGAGAACGCGCCAUGGGCUCGGGCUAAAUAGGGGGGUCCGAGUUAUAGGCAGGUGGUUUACACAAGAUCUGGGACUCAGAGUCGUUCAAGAUCUAGGGCACCCCUAGAACGAGCUGUCUGGCAUAUUUCCUCCGACAUUAAACUUUGGUUGCUACAGGCAAUUUGAAGUAUAUCAGGGAAAGAAAUCACAAGUUACAUUUCACUAGUUAAAAUAGCAUUUGUAUAUGCGUGGGGUGUGAAACGCAAGCUAGAAUAUGGCUACAGAGACGCUUCUGCUCUUCACGUAUGAGGAUAUGGACAAUUAUGGGGUAAAAUAUAAGUGAGUUUAUUGCGUCUUUACGUAAUUAGUGUAUAGUGGCGACUGUGCCCACACAGAGACAAAGUGUUCCAUUAUGGAUACGGAGGAGUAUUCUUGACUUCCAAAUGUAAGCGAUAGUUGGAUUAAGA